UCUCCACGGCGGAGCUCGGCCGCGCAAAUGGCGCAGUCACUCAAUAUCUUCAUUUCCGUCCCUCACUCCACCAAACCUUCCAUCACUUUCCCCAAUGCCGUUCCCCGUUUCCCCGUCACUGGAAACCCUAGCCGAACCUCUCUAUGCAUCAGAGCUUCUGCAUCGGAUCCGAAUAUGUCUGUGCUGACAUCGGCGAACGGCGUCGGCGGAUCUCCUUUUCAUGUUUCCGAUUCCAGCUCGAUCGAUGUUGAUGCGGUGACGGAGGCGGAGCUGAAGGAGAACGGGUUCAGGAGCACGCGGCGCACGAAGCUGAUUUGCACUAUCGGUCCUGCCACGUGUAACCCGGAGCAAUUGGAGGCGCUGGCGGAGGGCGGGAUGAAUGUGGCGAGGAUUAAUAUGUGCCAUGGCACCAGGGAGUGGCAUCAGGAGGUGAUUCAGCGCGUGAGGAGGUUGAAUGAGGAGAAAGGGUUUGCGGUUGCGAUUAUGAUGGAUACUGAGGGAAGUGAAAUUCACAUGGGGGAUCUUGGCGGUGCUUCGUCGGCUAAAGCUGAGGAUGGUGAAAUAUGGACUUUCAGUGUGCGAUCUUUUGAUUCGGCUCUUCCGGAACGCACCAUCAACGUGAGCUAUGGUGGCUUUGCUGAAGAUGUAGAAGUAGGCGAUGAACUUCUAGUAGAUGGUGGAAUGGUGAGGUUUGAUGUGAUUGAGAUAAUUGGUCCAGAUGUCAAGUGUCGAUGUACUGAUCCAGGACUUCUGUUACCUCGAGCUAAUCUUACCUUCUGGCGUGAUGGGAGCCUUGUGCGGGAACGUAAUGCUAUGCUACCUACAAUAUCCUCAAAGGAUUGGUUGGAUAUCGAUUUCGGGAUUGCUGAAGGAGUUGAGUUUAUCGCUGUAUCGUUUGUAAAGUCUGCAGAAGUUAUAAAGCAUCUUAAGAGCUAUAUCAAGGCCCGGGCUCGUGACAGUGACAUCUCUGUGAUUGCAAAAAUCGAAAGUAUUGACUCAUUGAAGAACUUGGAGGAAAUCAUUCGAGCAUCAGACGGAGCAAUGGUGGCAAGAGGAGAUCUCGGAGCUCAAAUUCCCUUGGAACAAGUUCCGUCGGAACAGCUAAGGAUAGUCCAAGUCUGCAGGCAAUUAAAUAAGCCUGUGAUUGUGGCCAGUCAACUACUUGAAUCAAUGAUAGAGUACCCUACACCUACAAGAGCUGAAGUGGCAGAUGUUUCUGAGGCAGUCCGCCAGAGAGCCGACGCGUUAAUGCUUUCCGGCGAGUCUGCCAUGGGCCAGUUCCCUGAAAAAUCGUUGACAGUUUUGAGAAGUGUUAGCCUGAGAAUUGAGAAAUGGUGGAGAGAUGAAAAACGACGCGAAGCUAUGGAACUGCCUGCCAUUGCAUCUUCUUUUGCAGACAGCAUUUCCGAAGAGAUAUGCAACUCUGCUGCCAAGAUGGCCAACAAUUUGGAGGUGGAUGCUAUCUUCGUAUACACAAAGACAGGUCAUAUGGCAUCUCUCCUAUCGAGAUGCCGCCCGGACUGCCCGAUUUUCGCGUUUACUACAACGACAUCUGUACGUAGGCGCCUCAAUCUCCAGUGGGGUCUGAUUCCGUUUCGUUUGAGCUUUACCGAUGACAUGGAAAACAACCUGAACAAGACUUUCGCGUUGCUUAAAGCCAGGGGAAUGGUGAAAUCAGGUGACCUUGUUAUUGCUGUGUCUGAUAUGUUGCAGUCUAUUCAGGUUAUGAAUGUCCCAUGAUAAUAUCAAGGUUGCUCGUCUUUUUUUCGCAUUUAGCAAGGUGAGUUCACUAUUUGGUUUGAAAAAUCGAGAAUCGAAUCCGUGUUUGUUUCUUUUUGUAGAAUCCUCCAGGCCAUAAGUUGAGAUUUUUGUUUUCUCUAAAACUUAAACAAUGGUUGGGAUAUUUUUGUAUUAUUUUAUUUUUAUUUUGAUGAAUAUUGUAUGAUUAUUAGGAAAUAUUGUCAAAUUUUGGCUUUGUUUUGCUA